GGUAUCUCUCAUCCUGUUCAAUCUGGGACACUCAACCACGUUGAUUUUCAACCAAACAGAAACUUACAAAUAAAAGAAAUGACGUGAGAGUCAACACUCAACUUUUGACAAUUUGUGCAGUAUAAUUGUUAGAUUGUUGAAAGUUUGAUAUGUGCAAUCUGAAUAUACAGAAAUUUUCCUAAUACAGACAUGUUAGCCAGUUCUCUGAUUUCCUUUCUCCUAUUACAUCUCAUGGCAGUAACUAUGGCUCUCACGGCAGACCCUUUGUUGCUCAGUUGUGGCGCACUAUCAGGCACCACAGAUGAGUCCGAUGGCCGUCGAUGGGACACUGAUACCGACUACCCAAAUUUCUUGCCCUUGAAUUUUUCAAGCAUUUCAUCAACAGCCACAGCUUCAGACACUUCAGUCACUAGAGUCCCUUACAUGAGCGCCCGUAUUUUCCAAUCUAAAUUCACCUAUACUCUCCCUGUUUCUACUGGCACCAAAUUCCUUCGUUUCUAUUUUUACCCCGCUCCGUACCUUGACAUCAACGAAUCUGAAUCCUUUUUCUCUGUCACAGCUAAUCAUUUUGCCCUCUUGAGUAACUUCAGCGCUUUCUUUACAGACGCUGGAGCAAGUACCAAUUCUAGUAAAGCGCUUCGAAAAGAAUUUGUCAUUAAUGUUAAUGAAACUCAGAUACUCAAGAUAACGUUCUCUCCUUCACCCAACUCUUAUGCUUUUGUUAAUGGGAUUGAGAUUGUCUCCAUGCCUGCCAAUCUUUACAUCCAGGGUGACGAUCAUGAAAUUAAAAUGGUGGGACGACAGAAUAGUUUUUAUUACAUCAAUAACAGUACUGCUCUAAAAAAUUUGUACAGGCUGAACGUGGGAGGAAAUUUCGUUCCUAGCACAGAAGAUACAGGCAUGUAUCGUGUGUGGGCUGCAGAUGACGACUUUGUUUUUGGAUAUGGCUAUGAAACUCUUCAUUUAGAUGUCAACAUCACUUACACUUCUGAAACUCCGGCUUAUACAGCGCCAAACAUAGUUUACACAACCUCUAGGACCAUGGCCAACUACAGCCAGAGCCUGGAUUGGAUAUUCCCUCUAGAUUCUGGGUUUUACUAUCUUUUCAGGCUCCAUUUUUGUGAGAUUCAGCUGGAAGUUAAGGAACAGAACUAUCGGGUUUUCGAUAUACUCAUUGGAAACAAAACGGCAGAUCAACUAGUCGAUGUGAUUCAACGGAGUGGCGGCUCGAGAGUCCCGAUGUACACAGACCACGUGGUGUUUGUGAGAGAUCCAGAUGGCCGACGAGGCAAGAAAGAUGUGUCGCUUGAAUUGCGACCUAACAUGGAAACAAAAGCUGUGUAUGAAAAUGCUAUCUUAAAUGGCUUGGAAAUUUUCAAAUUGAGUGAUCCAAAUGGAAAUCUGGCCGUUCCAUAUCCCGAGUCUUUCUUCGAACGUCCGAAAAAAAAGAAGAAGAAAAAUAUAUCAUCGCAUAUCAUUGUUGUUAUCAUCACAGGUGUGAUUAGCGGAAUUGCUGUUUUCUCAAUUCUCGGUUUUUUAAUUUCCUGGCGACGAAAUGGGGGGAAAGCUGGUUCUGGUACGAAAAAGACAGGCUCAUCAUCACUACCAUCCGAUAUGUGCCGACACUUUUUGAUAGAAGAGAUAAAAAAUGCAACAGGCAACUUUGAUGAAAAAUUCGUGAUUGGACAUGGAGGUUUUGGUAAUGUUUAUAAAGGGUACCUCAACAAUGGUACAACCACAGUUGCAGUCAAGAGAUCGAAUCCCUCAUCAAAGCAAGGGGUUCGCGAGUUCCAAACAGAGAUUGAGAUGUUAUCAUCAAAGCUAAGGCAUCGACAUCUGGUGUCCUUAAUUGGUUAUUGUGAUGAUAACAAUGAGAUGAUCUUGGUUUAUGAUUACAUGGCUAAUGGAACCCUGCGAGAUCAGUUGUAUGAUACUGAUAAUGCUCCUCUUCCUUGGAAGAAACGCCUUGACAUUUGUAUUGGUGCAGCUAAAGGAUUAUAUUACCUUCAUUCAGGUACCAAAUACACAAUCAUUCACCGAGAUGUCAAGUCAACUAACAUCCUAUUGGAUGAUAAAUGGGUUGCCAAGGUGUCAGAUUUUGGAUUGUCCAAAGUAGGUUCACUUGGUGGGAUAGAUGUUACCCAUGUUAGCACUGCAGUGAAAGGAAGUUUUGGGUACGUAGAUCCUGAAUACUACAAACGUCAAAAGUUGACAGAAAAAUCAGAUGUUUAUUCCUUUGGGGUGAUUAUGUUUGAAGUGUUAUGCUCUAGACCGGCGAUAAGUCCAAACUUGUCAAGUGAGCAAGUGAAUUUGGCUGAGUGGGCUUGUAGGAGUUGUACAAAAGGAAAUCUUGAACGAAUCAUUGAUCCUAAUUUGGAGGGACAAAUUUCCCCAGAAUGUUUAAGCAAGUAUGUUGAAUUGGCAUAUCAUUGCUUGAGGGAUCAAGGGAUUCAAAGGCCAACAAUGGGUGAUAUUGUUAAAACUUUAGAAUUUGCAUUACAACUCCAAGAGGAUGCAGAUAAUAGAGGUCAUGAGGUGGAAGGAUACAUAUACCCCCCUGGCUCUUCUUCUCCUUUGAUUACUAAUGGUCAUGUUAAUAUAGCAACAAAUGAAGAAGAAAUUUUUCCAGGUUUAAAUGAAGUUGAAAGAAAGUUGACAGACAAUGAUAUAUCCAUUUCAACUAGUAGGAGUGCUAGAUUGAAGAACAUCACCAUUUUCUCUGAGAUCAUGAAUCCAUUAGGCCGGUGAAUUUUUAUGAUCAGUACAAUAAAGUUACAUCUAUAAGGUUUUUAGAUUUAGGUGAUCAACUUAGGGUACAUCCAUGAUUAAGAUCCUGAACAUGUUGGAUGAAUGAGUAUUAUAUCUACUAGCUAGUUUAAUGUAAUGUACAUAAUUACAUAUGCUUGGCUCUUUUAUCCUUCUUUUUUUUCGGCGAUAUACCUAAAAGGUUCUUAAUUUUUA